CAGCUAACCAGAUUUUUAUGUCCGAGCAACAAAUGGUAAGAAUGAUUAGCUUAGGAUACCCUCUCCUUAUGUCUUUGUCUAUACUUUCCCAAGGCUUCCUAUUUUCAGUCUCUAAGUCUAUUAGAAAGGCGGAGAACGAGGACAUGUUACUCGAUAAGAUCACACUAAGAAAAGCUUACCAGACUGGAGAUGCUUCGGAAAAAGUAAUGGGAUCUCCUUUAGAGAGUUACAAGAUGGACAGUGGCAACGUUUUAAAUGAGGAAGAAAGAAGCUUAAAGGUAAAAUUAAGUUUGUAAAACCAAAAAUGUAAAUAUUUUGGGGAUGUUUAAUUUUCCUGAGAUGGUAUGUCAUCGAGAUUACAUUAAAUACAAUAGAGAAGUAAUGUGCUUGUUAAAGUGAAAAAUUCUUUAAAGGGACACUAUCGGCACCCAGACCACUUUGUCACAUUGAAGUAGUUUGGGUGCAGUGUGCCUGACCCCUUAACCCUUCAAUUUAAAACAUUGCAGUGUUAAGAAAACCUCUAGUGGCUGUCUACCAGACAGCCACUAGAGGCACUUCCAGCAGCUUCACAAAGUUUGACUCUGUGAAAUGAUGCUGGACGUCCUCACAGUGUGCACGAGGACGUCCAGAAUAUAGAAAAUCCCCAUAGACAGGUCUAAUGCAUUAGGUCCCCUUAUCAGUUUAUGUCAGCACCAAGGGACAUGACCACUGGAAUCGGGUAAGUGUAAAAAGUGUUAUUUUUUUAAAACCUUUUAUUUGCCACAGGGAGGCCAAAGGGCACUACAGUGUUACUUUAAGCAUGUUUGGGGAAGCUUUUUACAUAUUGAUUUUAUUUUUAUUUUUAAAUCUAUGUUACGAUUGUGGGUUGUUUCUAAUAGUGCAAACCAUGAAACUGUUCGAUAGAGAAAUAAUUUUGCUGUAACUACAAACAUUUCACAUACUAAGAUGCAAUUGAUGUGUUUAUUAGUAAACCGAUGUAUUACUCACAUGUAGUUUUUUUUAUAUGCAAACAGCCAAUUUAAAAAAUAAUCUACAACUAAAGUAGUUUCAAUUUUGGAUAUUUCGACCCAAAAUUUAAAAUACAAUAAAAUUCAUAUAUCAGUGAAUAUUCUGCAAAUUUGGUUGGAGUUUUAAUGGAUAUAUCAAACUAUGAACAAGUCCUAACUUUAAAAUGAAUCUUUAUCUUGCAGAGUAUGGGUACCCAAAAUAAUUUCUUUAAUCGUGAUGGCCUUCCACUUAGUAUUGGAAUAAAACAGCUUCCCUACCUCGCGCUUAAGAAUUCUGUACAUCCCCCAGAGGCAGAAGAUCAGAGCAUUGAAUUAGCACAGGAAAGGAGAGACAUUGGAGAGGAUGAAAAUGCAGCCAAAUUUCCUGUAGGGCGAAGAGAUUUUGAUAGUAAGUAUUUCACCCCAAUCCCAUUUUUUAUUAUUAUUUUUUUUUUUUUAUCAUAAAUGUAUUUUACUUUGUAAUGCAAUGUUGGGCACUUUGUUAAAAACCUGUAAAUUAGGGGUGCCCUCCAGAUGUUUUGUACUACAUCUCCCUUGAUGCUUUGCCAAGUAGUCCAAAACAUCUGGAGGGCCAAAGGUUCCCCACCCCUGCUGUAAAUAAACAAGCUUACCUUAUUAAGUUAUAAUUUAUAUAGCGCCAACAAAUUCCGCAGCGCUUUACAAUGGGUGGACAAACAGACAUGUAGUUGUAACCAGACAAGUUGGACACACAGUAACAGAGGGGUUGAGGGACCUGCUCAAUGAGCUUACAUGCUAGACGGAUUGGGGGAAAAUGACACAGAAAGGUAAGGAUAGUAUUAGACUAAUGACAGUUGCAGAAGAGGAAUCAAUCAGGAGCUAUUAACAGUUUGAUACACUUUUAUGAAGAAGUGGGAUUUUAAUGAUUUUUUUGAAGGAGUGGAGACUGGGUUAGAGUGCUAGAGUGCGCUAGUCCCCAAACAGAUUUACUUUCCCAGCCCCAAGUCUCCCUCUGUACUUCUGCCCACUUCACCUCCCACGACAUCAUGGAGCCGUCUCUUUAUGGGCAAUGCAAUCAAAUGCUUCUCGUAGGAAAGAAUUGAACACAAUGCUUUCCUAUAAGGUGCAAUUAGUCACAUGUCUGAGAAAAUGCCUACAGACAUCCACUAGAGGCGUGUUUAACCCUGCAGUUUCUACAAAUCUACAAUGUUUUACAUUGGGGUAAAAACUACAGGACCACCCAACUUCAUUGAGAUAAAGUGGUGCAUUCAGUUUUUUUUUUUUAUUUAUUUAUUUUUUUAAAUGGUGCUGUAUUUUAGCUAUUCAUUCAUAGCGUGAAAAGUCACUUUAUUACAUUAAUUACUAACCAGUUUUAAAAAGGCACAAUAUUAAAACAUAGGGGAUAUAAAAAAAAAAAAAAAAAGGUAUAUAUUAUUUUAUUAAAUAUCAGCACCAUUUGUUCAUCAUUUCUGCCUUUUCUUCAAAAUCUAUAGAAAAUAGGUCUUCUGAGAACAAAAAUGAACAGAAUUACAGUGCAAUAAAAGGAGUCAAAAAAGUAUUCACUAUUCUACACAGUUUGUGGAAAAUUUCUUUAAUUCGAUCACAUUCCUACUUGGCUUUGCUGUUGCAUUGAUGCUUUUUCUUGGCUGUUAUAACUUUAUACAGAUGCAAUCACUUAAUAGCGUGUCGCUACUUUACUCUGGCAAACAAACUUCUACAUCUCUCCCACCUCUACGACUUCCAUCAUUUUCACCCUCUGUAACUAUUGAAUUUUUGCUCAUGUAUGAGAAUAGAUUGGACUUUAUUGAAGAUCAUGCAAGAUUGCUUAGGCCACUUUGGAUCUUAUGCCUUUAUUUUAGAUCCUGAAAUAUAAGCAAUUUCAUCAAAUGAGGUGUAACUGGCAAUCUCGUUUGAAAAAUGUUUAGCACAGUUUUGUGUUUUUUGUUUUUUUUAAAUAACAACUCUUCAAAGAUUGCAAGACUUGUUUAGAAUGACUUAAAAUGCAGAUUGUUUACAAAUAUUUAAUAAACAGUUGAAUAUGGAAAAAACCAAAGACACAAAACACAUCUAAUAGUUUUGUUAACACUAAAAUUGAAGUACUACAUUAAAUUGCUUAAAAAUUAAAAUGGUACUUUUUUUUACAUUCCAGUGCUGAGGUGCAUGCUUGGAAGAGUGUAUCGACCAUGCUGGCAGAUAUGAUGCACAACAAAGAUUCCUCUUGAACACCGUUCUAACCGGAAUUACAUCCGACAAACAUUUGCAAUUUGUUACUUUAAAAAGAAAUCAAAUGAAAAGUCAGUAAUUGUUUUGUAAAUUUAUUAUUGUAAAUAAAAAACUUAGCAACACAAACAAGUAUUGACCAUUCUUACAAAAUCUUCAUGUAACGAUAAAAUCAAAAACAUACAACAACACUGUACAACCCUGUUUAAAGAAACAAAAAUAACUUACAAAAUAACUAUUUACAGAAUUAAAACUACCGGUAAAUCAAAAUUACAGUCUAAAAAAGGUUGUUAACUUGGCUUGUCCUGCGAUCAGUUUAUUUUUAGGUGUGGUUUUACUGCUGAUUCUUGAGGUUUGUUUAGAGGAGUCUUUUGGUUUUGUAGAGGUUAGCUGAGACAUGCUUUUCUUUCCAGGAGGUUCAUUGUCUCGAUCAUUGAGGUUUUCACUGUUCAUGUCUACUUUCUUCCUCUUUGUGCUCUUGGAUGCUUUGCCUUUUCUUUUCACAUCUGUAUCACUGACAUUUAUGUU